UUUUCCAACACUUAGUGGGCACCUGCUCUAAGAAGAGCGAGAGAGAGCAUUUACAGAAUGACGGAGGUGAAGAACAUGCUGAAAAACGGCGCAGAGGAGAAGAGCAUAGUGGAAAAUGAAGUAGAGUACAAGAAGCCGAAUCGGAAAGCAAUUGAGAAGAGCAUAGUGGAAAAUGAAGUAGAGUACAAGAAGCCGAAUCGGAAAGCAAUUGUUAAGAGUGCUGAUAUGAGCGAGGAAAUGCAGGAGGAAGCCAUUCAAUGCGCUUCUCAGGCCCUGGACAUCCACGCUGUAGAGAAGGACGUUGCAGCAUAUCACAAAAAAGAGUUUGACAUGAGGCAUGCGCCUACUUGGCACUGCAUCGUGGGGCGAAAUUUUGGCUCAUAUGUUACUCAUGAGACAAACCAUUUCAUAUACUUUUAUGAUUUCAUAUACUUUUAUCUGGAUCAGAUGGCAGUUCUCUUUUUCAAAUAA